AUGACCUUCCCGAUAGGCAAGACAUGGGUGGCCCCGAAGUUGAAUGACAGUAGUACACAAGUAUGCCAGGCAGCGAAAUCAACUGCCCUACCCAAUCAGAAGGCUAACCAGUCCAAGAAAAACAACACGAAACAUACCACAGAGCCAUUCACAGGGGACCGGACACUGGCACAGUCAAUCAUGUUCAUGCACGACACUCUUCUCUCUCAAAAAGUUGCUCGAGCAGUGGCAGAAGGUGAUAUUGGUCGUGUAUAUGAGGGCAUAAAGAUGAUGCUGUUCAGUUUUGCAGGCUCGUCACAUUUGAAAUAUGUGUCAUACCUUCUGGAGACCAUAUGCGAUCUUGAGCUAGAAUCUAGCGAAGCUGCGAAAGAUGUCUUCCUGAAAAAUUGGCUAGUCAAUCCAUCAGGGAAAGCGCAGAAGUAUCAAGAGGGUGAUUUUACGCAGGAGCGCUACAAUCGAGAACUCGAGACAUUUGUGGAUCGCAAAGACACCCAAUGGAAUGCAGAUUACAUAUGCAAAGUCAUCUCGCCAAAUGUUCACCACUUCAUGAAGAUGAAGAACACUUAUGGGGAUGGCGUAGGACUUGCCAAGCAUCGUGGCGAGCAUCGUGAACCACACAGCAAAUCAGAAGUCAGAACACUAUUGGAGACCUAUAGGAGUGAAGAAUUACAUCGAUUCCGCUCGGGCCAUUCAUAUGACUCAACUGCAGACACCACAGUCGACACAUUUGGAGAAGGUGUGGAGCAAUUGUAUAAUGGGAAACUGCAGAAGUGGAUCACAGAUAGCACAUCGACUCGGGCAACGAGGAGCAAUUCACAGGCUGAAGAACUAUCUACGAUGGAUGAUGCUGAUGGUAUAGAUGAUCCAUACGACUAUGACAAUGAUGAUGAAGAAGACCACAAGCAACCAACCUAUACAUCAGGGAACAUGGUCCUCGUCGAUGGGGAACUACAAGUUAAACUGGAGGAUAUAUCGGUGCAAUCAGCAGCUAGCUACAUGGACGAGGAUGUGGACGAGGAAGUCAAUUAUGCAGAAGACAGUGAGGACACUCACAGUGACACGGAGUUGGGAGAAAUGUAG